AUGCAACAGCUCUGGCAAUUGCAAGUAGCAUGGGACGAAUCUUUGCCUGCCAGCAUCCACACUGCAUGGACCAUUCACGUGAGGGAUUUGCAGAUGCUGAACCAGACAUCAUUCGAGCGUCAUGUCUGUCAACACGCGACUCGUACUGUAGAACUUCACGGAUUCUGUGACGCGAGUGAACGGGCGUACGGAGCGUGUUUGUACAUUCGAUCAAUCGACGACCGCGGUCGAAUAAAAACUCAUUUAUUGUGUGCGAAAUCUCGCGUCGCGCCCUUAAAAACCGUCAGUCUCGCGCGCCUGGAGUUAUGCGAAGCGGUACUCCUUGCAACGUUAUUUUCUACCGUCCGAGAAACCAACGCGCGCGGCUUCGAUGUUGUAAGAUUUUGGACCGAUUCUACGAUUGUUCUGAAUUGGUUGAAUAAGGAACCGUGCACCUUGAAAACGUUCGUAGCGAAUCGCGUGUCCGAAAUACGAGCGAAAACAGACGUCGCUCAGUGGAAUCAUGUCAGGUCGACCGAUAAUCCAGCGGACUUGAUAUCAAGAGGACAACUACCAGCAGAUUUUUUGAUCGACUCCAUAUGGCGUCAUGGACCAAAAUGGCUCACCAACGAUACCGCAGAGUGGCCUGAGUCAAGGUUCACCCUCGCUUCAGAAGUCCCAGAGACCCGUUCCCGCUUCUGUUUCGCCACCGCGACGGUUCGCAGUGACGAAAUCCUCAAUCGGUACUCUUGCAUCGCGAAACUGAGGAGAAUCGUCGCGUAUUGUCUCCGAUUCAAAAAGGAUUACCGCCGGAAAGGACCACUGACUGCUGAGGAAAUACACAACGCCGACGAACGAAUCGUGAAGCUCAUUCAAGCUUCUACUUUUGCUCAAGAGAUCCAUUGCUUGAAAAACAGAACUGAGUUACAUCCGAAAAGCAAAGUUCUAUCGUUACAACCUUUUCUAGAUGAUCAUGGAAUACUUCGCGUCGGCGGUCGUCUACAAAACGCAAGCAUAUCGUUGGAGCAGAAACACCCGAUGCUGCUUCCGAAAAACAAUCAUGUUACCGAUUUGAUUCUGCGUCAAGCCUACUUGAAGGGUCAUCACACAGGUAUCAAUGCGACAUUGUGUAAUGUGCGACAACGGUAUUGGCCCAUUGACGGCAAGGGUCAGAUCAAGCGGAUCGUCCGUCAGUGCGUCAGGUGCCUACGCAUAAGACCACCGGCUAUAAAUUACGUGAUGGGUUCCUUACCUGCGACGCGCGUCUCUGAAUUCCGGCCCUUUUACAAUAGCGGAGUCGAUUAUUGUGGGCCGUUCUAUAUAAAGGAAAAACGUUAUCGAAACCGUACGCGUCUAAAGAUAUACGUAGCGAUUUUUAUAUGCUUUUCGACGAAGGCUGUUCAUCUCGAGGUGGUCAGCGACAUGACCACGGAAGCGUUCAUCUCGGCUUUAAAACGCCUCGUCGCUCGAAGAGGACUAUGUCGCAACAUCUAUUCAGACAACGGCACCAAUUUCGUGGGUGCGAACAAUGAAUUGAGCGAAGUGUAUGACAUGCUGCGAAAUAACGAAAGGGUACAACAUUUCCUCGCGGACAAGGGAAUAUCAUGGCAUUUUAUCCCCGCUUUUUCACCCAAUUUCGGCGGUCUUUGGGAAGCAGCUGUUAAGUCGUUCAAGCAUCACGUAAAACGGGUGGUUGGUGAAGAAUUGUUUACAUUCGAGCAAUUCAAUAGAUUUACGAUCGAAGUCGAAGCGAUAUUAAAUUCACGUCCACUUACACCGUUAUCGUCAGACCCUAACGAUCCCUCUGCACUGACUCCUGCCCAUUUCCUGAUUGGCACUUCUUUUACGAGCUUACCUGAGAUAGAUUUUAGCGACACACCCUGCAAUCGGUUGUCAAAUUGGCAACACAUACAAAAGGUCAAGCAGGACUUCUGGACCAGGUGGCACAAGGAGUACAUCCAUCAGCUGAACGUGCGGAAGAAAUGGACCAGGGGCUCGCACGAGAUUAAGGAAGGAUCUCUCGUCAUCCUGAAAGAUGACCAUCUUCCGCCAUUACAAUGGCACAUCGGGCGAAUUGAAAGGGUGCAUCCCGGACCAGACGAUAUCGUACGAGCGGUCACCGUGCGGACCAUCUAG